AUGGCGAGGAACCUCCCUCCCAACCCGCUGAUGGCACAUCAAUAUUUCUAUCAGUAUGCACAGCUCCCAGUAUACCAAUGGAGAACCUAUGAUCGAGCGACCCUUCAAUACUUUCCUCACUCUAUAACACCACCCACCACAUAUUAUCCCAUCUACCCUUACGCUGACAACCCUUACAAGCCUGUCCCUCAACAGUACUUCAUUCACAACGACAGACCCCAUACGGGUCACGGAAUAUAUCGCGACGCGGCUACCCUAGAUGGCAAGCCGGCAGAGAUAGUUGAAGGUCCUACCCCAAAGGACGAUGCCCCUCAGGAAGCCUCCAGCUCAACCGAGGCGACCGAAACCUCGGAAACUACAGGUUUGGAUUCUGUCCGUUUCUUGAAUUUGAAAUACUCUAACUAUCAAACAGAAUCAACACCAGUCGACCCGCCUGUAGAGCAACAGCCGCCUACAGAGGGCGACGGUGAUAAGGACGGAGAAGACUCCGCCGCAAAAGAGGGCGGCGAUCGCCCUCCGGACCAGGUUGAAACCGUUGAAACCACGGAGCCCGAAACCCCCGCCGAAGGCUCGCCAGGAGAUUCUACAAUUACCGACGCCACAGCCAUCCAGGGCGCACCUUCAGGUGAUCCAGAGGAUAUUGUAGAGAAAGUGGAAAAGUUGCAAUCGGAAGAUGCACCAGCAGAUAAAGUUCUAACUGUGCUUGAAAAGGGCAUGACAGAUGCCGGCGUGAGUCCUGCCACAGAGACUACAGAUGAAGCAGCAGCAUCCCCGAUUCCAGAACCGAGUUCUGAGACAGCCACACCAGAGACUGCGGGCGAAGCUGCCGAGAAUGCUGGUGACGACAACCAAACUAGUGCAGCAGACGCCGAUAAAACUACAGAUGAACACCCCACUGAAGCAGGAGAUUCGGAAUUACCUGCUAAUGCAGACCCUGUGGAUGAAGAAACUGGCACAUCCUCCGAAGAAGCAGCCAAACCUGAAACUGAAGCGGAAAAAGCAGCCGAUGUCGCCACCUCAGAAGAGCCGGCUCCAGUCAAAGCUAGCGAGGAAGUCAAGGAAGUAGUCGAUGAGGCGGCCAAAGAGAUUGAUGCACCCCCCAGUGAGAACGAAGCAGGGGAAACCCCUGCAGAAGAUGGUACAGCCGGAGAUGCGUCUUCCGAGGAUCCGCCUACACCGGCUCCCCAAACAGAAGACCCUCCAGCAGGAAGUCAAGAUGCAGAAGGAGGAGCUGGAGAGGGUGAUGACCAAGGAGACAACUUAAAGACAGAAGCCGAGCCAGCCGCAGCCGAAGCCGCCCAAGAAGAGGCAGACACACCACCCGAAGAGGUUUCAAAAGAAGAGACAAUUACUGCGGAAGAAGUACCUGGCCCAGAAGCAGAAAAGGAUGGUGCCAACGGGGAAAAUCCUCCUGAUGCGGCAGCGGCAGAAGAAACCAAGGUCGAAGAUGCUCCCGAAGCCUCGGACUCAGCACCAGCCGCAGAAGAGCCAGCCGCAGAAGAGCCAGCCGCAGAAGAGCCAGCCGCAGAAGAACCAGCAGCGGCAGCAGAAGAAGAAGUACCAGCCGCAGAAGAACCAACAGCGGCAGCAGAAGAAGCACCGGCCGCAGAAGAGCCGGCCUCGGAUGCACCAGCAGAGGAGGCAUCAGGCGAUAAUCACGUUGUGGAAGCGGCAGCAGUGGGCGCAGCAGUAGCUACGGCCGCGGCAGCAGCGAGAGAAAUGAGACAUCAUAGGAAGUACAGCGAGACGCGGGAACAUCGGCCUCGAGAUCCUCUGUACGGGCACAAAGCAAGGUUAGAACGAGAAAAGGAUAAGGUUGGACUAUUUGAGAACGCAAUUGGCCGACAAGUGAGCAAAGCGAGAGCCGAGGAACAGCGAAGGCAUGAAUCGGAGGAGUACAAACAAGAGCAAGAGUCUAGACGGGAAAGGUAUGCGAAGAGAAGGGCGGAAGCGGCUGCGGCUCUUGCGGCGCAGGAAGAAGCAGAGCGAGAAGAGAGACGGGCUGCUCGCAGAGCGGCAAAAGAGAAGAGAGAAAAAGCAGAGGCGGAGCGGGAACGCAGACUUCAGGAGGAGGCAGCUCGGAUGAUGGAGAGACGAAAAGGCAAGGAGCGAGAAGAUUUGGGCGAAAGUGAUGGCCGACGCAAACAGGGACGCCGGCCUAGCUUUGCUGGGUCCAGUAACUCGACUACCAGUCCUGGGGAACUGUUCCGGGAGACACUGAAGAAAUUAGCAUCGGGGGAGAGCGAGACAAGUGUGCAUAUGUUCAUUAUGAGAGUGAACAGCACCAGUUCCGAAAGGAGGAGGCAUCAUCACCACCGUCAUCAUCGACAUGGCGAAAACAAGGCAGAUGGUGAGGGCGACGAGGGCAGCCAAGGGAGCUCACAUGGACAACGCAAGGACACCAUAUCGGAUGAGCAUUCAACAUCCGGAGAGGAGAGCUCACGAAGCAGGCGACAUUACCACGAUGACGCCAUGUCUGUAAACCGACCGGGUCUUCUCAAGCGAACGUUGAACACAUUUACGCAGCAUGUACAACUCAGGGCGGCGCUCCGGCCGGAGAGAAUUGAGGCAUGA